AUGCCGGACAUUCCACUUGGGGGGGAUAGCCCUCCUGGCGAAAGCUAUCGAAAGUCCAGCGACCCGGGCAAGAAGCGGGUGUCUAUGGCAUGCUUGGCCUGUAAAAAGUCCAAACGAAAGUGCUCCGGCACCGCCCCGUGUGAUAACUGUCGCACCUUCAAUCGGCAAUGUGUCUUCGAUGAGACAUUGGAUCAACGUCGCCGCGUGGCGGCCAAGCGCACGGCCGAUGAACUCAGUUAUCACCGAGACAUGCUCAAUGACAUGCUCAAAGUUAUGAAGGCAGAAAACCAGUCCUAUGCCCUCCGGCUGCUGGAGAUCGUCCGGAACGAUGCCACAGCGGAGGAGAUCCGCUCAUUCGUUGACGAGACGCUCGCUCAUUUCGUAGAUACGGACAAGGAAUCUGCUUCCACUUUCCAGAAGUUGGAAGAGGUCCGACGGAUUAUCGAUAACGAAGGCGCUGGACCGUCAUUUCGCCCAAAGGUCAUGGAUAUCCACUACCUGUGCGAUGAGGUGCCGAUCCGAGUCCCUGCGAAGCCGUGGACCACGGUCACCGAGGACUCUGAUCUUGUAUCGCAUCUGGUGUCCCUGUAUUUUACGUGGGACUAUCCGUUCUAUGCGUUCUUGGACCGGGACGUGUUCUUAACCCAUAUGACCAUGGGCGAUACCGAGUCGAAGUUCUGCAGUCCAUUUCUGGUCAAUGCUCUUCUCGCCAAUGCUUGCUACUUUUCGGAUUAUUCCGAAGCAUAUGUCGACCCCGGCGAUAUUGUGACGAAGGGCGCUAAUUUCCUCGCCGAAGCAGAACGUUUGAAGGAGGAGGAACCUGCUAAGCUCAGUCUAGCGUACCUACAGGGGACGCUUCUGCUUUUUGAAAAGUACUCCCUCUCCGGGGAUAACGAUCUUGGGUACAAGAUGCUCCACCAAGCGAUAUGGACCGGCGAAUCGCUAGGGCUUAUUGGACCAAGGAUCUUUCGAAUGGAACCUGGACACAUGCCCGAAGAUAUGGACAUAUCCAUCAAGCGAACGGCCUGGGGUCUGUUUCAUAUUGAUACAGUCAUCCAUACGGAUUUCCUGAGACCAAGCUUGAUCGAUAAGGUGAAUGUAGCGCGACCCAACCCCGUGGAGGAUUCGGCCCUAUGGGUACCAUACCCUUCCCACCGAUCUGAACGGCCUGCCUAUAUCGGUCAAUACUUCGAUGAGUCAUGUGAUCUUUGUGAAAUCGCGCGUGACAUAUCUCGACAACUUUUCACCGUGAAUAGAGCCUCUUCGGCCGAGCACCAGCGUCGAAUCAAGGAGACCAUGUAUGGGAGACUUUGUCGUUGGCACGAUGCACUGCCGGCGAUCUUUGAUCCCGAGUUCCUGCAGAGCCAGGUAAGGGUCGUGGACGGCCACGACGGCCAGUCGAAGUCGCCAGAGGCGACGGAGGGCAACGUCCGCUUUUUCGAAUCUAAUUCUUUACGCUGUAGAAUGCGGUAUUACACAUUGAUCAUUACCAUGUUCUCCUUCACGCCAAAAGAAGAUAUCUCACGAUUCGAGUCAGAGGCUCCUCAGACGCCCGAAAGUCCGCCCGGACUGUAUCUUUUCCCCAAGUACAAUGCCGACGAGAUCGUUCACUCUGCAGCACGGGCUAUCUCUGGUCUUGCCUUUCUGCACCGGCGGGAGUUUGGAAUGACUCGUGCACAUCAAUUUGCCUUGUAUGCAAUUAAUCUUGCUUUGUUUACGAUGCUCGUAAGCGAUACCUUCGACAUUUUAGAUUCGGAUUUUCUCUCGCUGGCGAGCUCAUUCCACACCAUCGCGAGCCGCUCUCGCCUGGGAAGGAAUCUAUUCUACCUUUUCCGAGAGACCACCAACUCCCGGGAUCAGAACCAGCGACUUCAAGAUUCAGAUAGCGUGACCAUGGAGAUGAAAGCGCUGUUCGAAGCGACAGCGAGUUCUCACUAUACCGCCCUGAAUGACUACGCCAGAGGACUGGAAAAAUUGGAAAUGGACGAGCGCUACCGUGGAAUGCCUGGCGAAGGGGACCACAGCAUCUCCAGCAUGCUCGACCGAUAUGAAAGUCUAAGCCUAGGAAAAGAUGAAAUUGCGCCCGAGAGACUGCAUCCCGGCGACUAA